AUGGCUUCAAUGAAUUAUUGUUUCACUGUUUGUCGUGCAUCAGAAGAAAAUAUUCAACAAAAAGAUCAUUUAAAUAAAUCAACAUCAACAGCAAUUGAUAUUCCCAAUUCAUCAUCACCAUCAAGUCCUGGUGCUUAUUUUUUUGGACGAUUCUUUUCAUUUGCUUCAACACCAUCCCCAUCUCCAUCUUCAUCAACAACGACAAAUCCAUUUAUUCUUAAUGCAUUAAACACCAAUGAUAUGAUGAAUUAUAUAUCAUAA